AGUAUUUCUGUGUAAAUGAGACGUACAGUCACGUCUCCGCCCUUGCACUGAUCUCAAUGCGAGCACAGCCUCUAUUCCGCGGAUUUCGUCGGUAAAAUGUUUUCUGGAACAGUGGAGCUUCCGACUGGAACACGAAGGCAAAUAAGUGAAUGAGUAGUGCUAGAAGUAGCCUACACCGCCCAGUCGGCGGACAUUUAAUGUAGGCUAUUGUUUUUAUUUUAGCAAGCUUUUAAAUGUAGAAGGUAGACGUUAAGCCAAGUGCGCACCGUGAUCUAGUGGACUUUUCAUUUGCCACGAUGGAAAGUGCGCGGACAGAGGAUGGAUUGGCAGAUGUAAGUGCGACCAAGUUCAAGAAAUCCUGCGGACUGCCUGUCGCACAGGGGACUCUGGUGGAUGAUGGCGGUGGACAUUUGUCAGCUUCUCGUGUGAACGUGAAGAAUGGGAAUAACCUAUCUGAAACUACCGCUGCUGUGGAGUCGAGUGGUUUGAAUAAAAGUAUUGGGACAACAUCCACAAAUGGCCGGAGCUUAUCCAGCAACUCCAACUCGCUCCUGUUGAGACGGAGGAGGUUGAAGCGAAACCUCUCAACCACAGCUGCAACCACUACCACCUCAGCUGUCACCGCCGCCUCCGGCGUCAAGAUGAACUCGGCCCUCUCCUCUGCCUCUUUACACACUUUAAGUCUGGAUAGGAAGACUUUGUUGAGACAUCGACAGAACAUGCAAUUACAGCCCUCAGACAGAGAAUGGGUGCGAGCGGAUUUGUACAGAGGAUCCAUACAUGUUCACGACAGACUCACGCCUUCAUAUCCCAGGCCGGUGCUUUGCACGAUGGACACCACAGCCGGCGAGAUGGCGCUCCGUCUGAGCAAACUCUGCAGUAAGUCAUACUCUGUGUUGCGCAUUUUUUGUAAAGAUAACAUUAAGACUGAUCAGAACGGAAACUGUAAUGGGAAAUACGCAUGUAACGCUAAUCAAUGCAAGAAUGAAGAUGGUGGUAUUAAAUGCAACCAUCUGAGUUCCUUGGGAACGACGGAAUUCCGAGGCGGCCUAUCAGACCAGGCUAGUGACAGCCUGAGGCUGUUGCUCAUGGAAAACGAAAAUGAGAGGCAAAAGCAACAGGAUAUCGAUGCAAAACUUUUUACUCCAGACUCCGAGUCGCAGGAUAAUAUAACGUGUUCGCUGUCGGAUCUGAAUUCAAAUUCGAAUAUGGAUACGCCGAAUGACGACGAUUCGGAACAGAGGUUGAAUGGAUUGGACAGCUAUGGUUUGAAUUCCGGUUCGGAUGUGGAGAGCAGUGCGUUCGAUGACCUGAGCUCCGGGGCCAGGCUCAGUGAACACCGGGACUCCCUCAGCGAUGACAUGAUCCUGGGCACUGAUGCCUCCAUACUAAGCCCCACGUUUGACAGCGCCACGGAGGGCCUUGACACAUACGGUAGCUCCUCAGACGAACUGGAGCUUGAUGCAAGCAUCGAUCCGAUCCCACCACAUCUUCCCAAUGGGAUCAACUCAGUUUCUGCCAACUACAAUCUUCGCAACGUCGGGCAUUUACAUGGCAUGACAGAUGAUAAGGGGGCAGGUAACAGACUCGAGCCUCUCAAUCUGGGCAGCUUGCCAUCCAGCAGCAGUGCAAGUUCAUUGUCCGGAGCUUGUUUGGCAGGUACUGCGCCCGACAUCCGAGACCCUGACAAUCGCAGAGGCGCCGCAGAGCCCGGCUUGACGCCUGAUCAGGGUUCCGACUCGUGCGACUCCGGUCCCAAACUUUACGUCCAGCUCCACGGUGAGGCUGUCCGGAGGCUGGGGCAGGAGGAGCGGCCUCUUCAGAUCCAAAAUGACUUCCUCUUCAAACUUGGAUUUAAGGAUCCGUGGCGCGUGCAAGAGGAGGGAAUGAACACGGAAAUCGGCUCCCUGCUACGCUUCUAUGCAGGAAAACCUCACAGCGUGGAGAGCUCGGAGCGAGUGCAGCUGUCGGGCACGUACAACGUGCGCAAAGGGAAGCUCCAGCUGCCGGUGAACCGCUGGAGCAGGCGCCAGGUCAUCCUGUGUGGCACCUGUCUCAUCGUGUCCUCCAUCAAAGACAGCCAGAUGGGCAAGAUGCACAUCCUGCCCCUGAUUGGAGGAAAGGUGGAAGAGAUAAAGAAGCACAACCACUGCCUGGCCUUCAGCUCGGCAGGGCCUCAGAGUCAGACCUACUACGUCAGCUUCGACAGCUUCACCGAGCACCUGCGCUGGCACAGACAUGCUGCCAAGAUGGUCUCUCAGAGGAUCAACUCGGUGGAUCUGUCCUGCUGCAGCCUGGAACAGCUGCCUCCCAACCUGUUCUUCAGCCAGGACCUGACCCACCUCAACCUCAAGCACAACUUCCUGCCCGCCGACCAGGGCCUCCACCAGCUCCAGAGUCUGCAGACGUUCCUGUUGGAUGGGAACUGUCUGAGCGACCUUCCCAGCGAGCUGGGCUCCCUGGUCAAGCUGAGCUACCUGGGCCUGUCCUUCAACCAGUUCAGCCACCUGCCCCAGGUCCUGGAGAGGCUGGCCUCCAUGGAGAAGCUGUGCAUGGCUGGAAACAGCCUGGUCACCCUCACCCUCCAGAACUUCAGACUGCUCCGGGUCAAACACGUGGACCUGCGGCUGAACAAGAUAACCAGCGUGGUUCCGGACGAGCCGGACCUGCUCAGACACGUGACCCAGCUGGACGUGAGGGACAACAGGCUAGAGGAGCUGGACGCCUCCCUGUUCCCCCGCCUGGAGGUGCUCCACUGUGAGAGGAACCGCAUAGGCAGCCUCAAGGCCAAGGGCUGCCUGCUGAAAGGCCUCUACGCCUCACACAAUGAUUUGCGAGAGUUGAAUGUCAGUCCAGUGCCCUCUAACCUAACCUACAUGGACAUCUCCUGGAACUGUAUGGAGGUUCUCCCUGACUGGUUGUGUGAGAGCAAGAAGCUGGAGGUUCUGGAUGUGAGCCAUAACCUCAUCACACAACUCCCAGCACGGCUGCUGUGCAGCAGCGGUCUGAGGAAGCUGAGCGCCGGACACAACCAGCUGCAGAAGCUGCCAGACAGGGUGGAGCGCCCCCUGCUGGAGGUGCUGGACGUGCAGCACAAUCAGCUCACGGAGCUUCCCGCCAACCUGUUCUUCAAAUCUGACAGCUUGCGCUCCCUGAACGCCUCGGCCAAUAAGCUGGAGCACCUGCCUCCCUCCAGCCUAUCAGAGGAGAGCCGCAGCGUGCUGCAGGAGCUGUACCUCACCAACAACAGGCUGACAGACAAGUGCAUGCCCCUGCUGACAGGACACACACACCUGCGAGUGCUGCACAUGGCCUACAACCACCUCCAGACCUUUCCAGCCAGUAAAAUGGCCAAGCUGGAGCAGCUGGAGGAGGUGGACCUGAGUGGGAACCUGCUGAAGACGGUGCCCACUACGAUCAUGAACUGCAGACGCAUGCACACCCUCAUAGCCCACUCCAACACCAUCGAGGUGUUCCCUGAGGUCCUGCAGCUGCAGGAGAUGAAGUGUGUGGACCUGAGCUGUAACGAGCUGAGUGAGAUCCUCCUGCCGGAACACCUCCCCCCCAAGCUGCAGGAGCUGGACCUGACAGGAAACCCCCGCCUCAGCCUGGACCACCACACCCUGGAGCAGCUCAAUAACAUCCGCUGUUUCCGUAUCGACCCGCCUCCGACUUUCUCGGCCAAUGAAGUAUCUGGUGGGCCGGCAGUGUGGAGCCAUGGUUACACGGAGGCCUCGGGCGUCAAGAACAAACUGUGUGUGGCGGCGCUGUCGGUGAGCAGUUUCUGCGGCAGCCGCGAGGCGCUCUAUGGGGUGUUUGACGGCGACAGGAACGUCGAGGUGCCCUACCUGCUGCAGUGCACCAUGGGAGACGUGUUGGCCGAGGAGCUGCACAAGACCAAGAGCGAGGAGGACUACAUGACCAACACCUUCCUCGUCAUGCAGAGGAAGCUAGGCACGGCGGGCCAGAAGCUGGGCGGCUCGGCGGCGCUCUGCCACAUCCGCCACGACCCCACCGACCCCGGCGGCUGCUUCACCCUGACGGCCGCCAGCGUGGGCAAGUGCCAGGCCGUGCUGUGCCGCGACGGCAAGCCCCUCCCCCUGUCCCUGCCGCACAACGUGGGCCUGGAGGAGGAGUACCGGCGCGUCAGGCAGCACAACGCCAUCAUCACCGAGGACAACAAGGUGAACGGGGUGACCGACUCCACCCGGAUCAUGGGCUACUCCUUCCUCUACCCCGCCGUCGUCCCCCGGCCGUACGUCCACACCCUGCCCCUCUCCCCCCAGGACGAGUUCUUCAUCCUGGGCAGCCGGGGCCUGUGGGACACCCUGUCCCCCGGCGAGGCGGUGGAGGCGGUGCGCAACGUCCCCGACGGCCUGGCCGCCGCCAAGAAGCUGUGCUCGCUGGCGCAGGGCUACGGCUGCACGGACAGCCUGAGCGCCGUGGUGGUGCAGCUGAGUGUCAGCGAGGACUGCUGCUCCUGCUGCUGCGACGCCCCGCCGCCGCCGCCGCCCCAGCACCCCCACCACCACGGGGGCCCGCCUCCCAGCCCUGGCCUGGGAGUCUACCCGUCGGCUUCGGCCAUGAAGGGGGCCGGCGGCGAGGGCGGCCCGCUCGCCGUGCCGCCUCCGUCGUCGUGCAGCGAGAUCAGCAGCGAGAUCAGCACCAGCGAGAUGAGCAGCGAGGUGGGUUCCACCGCCUCGUCCGACGAGCCCCCACAGAGCUCCCUGGUGCUGCUGCACGAGCAGCCCCACCCCCACCACCAGCACCAGCAGCCGCACCCCCUCGGCCUGCACCCCCAGGCCCACUCUCUGGGCCUCCACACCGCCGCUCAGCCCUGCCCGUACCCGUACCCAGGCUCGGAGCCCUCCAGCCGGGCCUGCUGCGCCCUCCACCCAGCCUGCCUGGCUGGUUCUUUCCAGAGGCAGCUGUCCAGCGCUACGUUCUCCAGCGCCCUGUCUGACAACGGGCUGGACAGCGAGGACGAGGAGCCCAUCGCCGGGGUGUUCUCCAACGGCAGCCGGGUGGAGGUGGAGGCCGACGUUCACUGCCUCAGGGCCGAGGCCUCUUCAUCCUCCUCCUCCUCGGCCGGCCCAGAGCCCCUCCUUCCCUCUCCUCCGGCCCCACCCUGCACCCCGGAGCCCUCGGAGGAAGGGGCGGAGCCGUGCCCGGGCGAGGCGGAGCAAGAGGAGGGCGGAGGGGGGGGCGGGGCGGGGAAGAGAAGGGGCAACGGCUCGGUGGCCCCCCAGGAGAGGAGUCACAACCUCAUCGAGAUUGCGGCCGACGCUCCCUCCAGGAAGGGGGGCGGCUACUUCAACGCCCCCGCUCAGCCCGACCCGGACGACCAGUUCAUCAUCCCACCGGAGCUGGAGGAGGAGGUCAAGGAGAUCAUGAAACAGCAUCAGCAGAAGCAGCAGAAACCGCCCGGCAACACAGAGCAGCCCGCAGACUACUACGACACCCCCCUCUGAACAACCCCCCCCCCCUGCACCGUCACACCACCACGACACCCCCUUAGCCUUUAACAAAAGGGUUUUCCUGCAAUAUAGCAGUCUGUAGACGAGCGUGCACACACAGUCUCCUCCAUUCGACGGUCUGCAGGCUCCAUGCUCUCAGACCUUCUGUGUGACCGCAUCACUGGAGUACCACACACUGUAACUCGCCCCACCCCCCUUUCUUACCAGUAACCAAUAGAAAAAUCGAAUGCAAAUGAGCCCUUUAAGACAAGCACGCCCAUUGGAAGAAGUACCUUUUGGAUGGGAGCUUGCCUCGUCCUACAGUAGUGCUGUACCACUCACUGACUGUCCAACGGACGUUGUUUUCCAUUAGACCAGCAGAGUGUGUAAUCUACACUAGCCUCUGCCAUGGGUUUAUCCUGCCACAACACACCGUUGAUUCAGAUAAUAUGAUUCCAUUGUUUAUUUUAUUUUUUUACUGACCAUAUCUUUUAAUGUGAAGGAAGUUGCUGUAAAAUAACUUUUUUAAACCAACAUGGAAACGCAUAAUCUUUUUUUUUUAUAUUCUCUAUGAACUGUCCGAUGGUACACACCAAUAAUUGAUACCACACCUAACUGUUGUAGAUAGGGCACUUAAAAGAUCCUGUAUGUCUUCAGUGAAUCACGGCUCUUGGCCUGUAAAAAGGCAUAGACAUUUUUGUAGAAAUUUGAACGACUAACUCCUAGGAGUUGCAUACUCUUUAUGGUGACUUAGUCACUUUUACUAAUCUUCUCUGAGAGAAAUGGUGAUUCUUUUCCCCAAUUACUGUAAAUAAGAGAAAUGUUGUACUGAUGCUUUUAAAUGAACUGUGUACCUGUCUGUCGGUGAACUGACUUGUUUGGGAGGGAGGGGUAAUGGGUCAUCAUGGUUUGUUGGGAUCUCACCUUUACUACAGUUCAGACACACACAUACACACACUCCUUAUAUAUGAUUCAAACAUUUCAGAAUGAGUACUUUUUUAAUUUCAAUUUGUUUCUGUUACUUGCUAACUAGUCAGCACUUUUUCUAACACACGUUAAUAUAGUCCACACACACACACGCGCACACACACACAAUGUUCAGUUCCUCCUCCCUCCUUACAAUUGUCACCGGCAUGACUGUGUUAAGUUCAAUAAUGCAAACAAAUCCUAUAUCCACAUGGACAGCAAGCAACACAAAUGUUCCUGUCUUUGGUAUAAUAAAUCUGACAUUUGUGAAU